CCGAGGUAUGAGCCUCCACCGGAUUGGCUGAGCGGUUGUCAGGACUGUUUACAGGAAACAUGGCUUCCCGGUCUGUUGGAGAGCUCCAAGAAAUGGAAGUGGACCGAAGGGGUGAGUCUGAGGAGUCUGGUGAUGAUGAGACCAGGAGGAGGAGUAUCAAUGGUGAUGUGGAUCCCAAUCAGCCUACUAACACAAUUAAAGAAGAAUCUCCCGUUGACAUGGACACCAUAACCCUGGACCCAGAGGAAGAGGAUGUUGAUCUUGUUCAUUGUCGUAUUGGAAAGAUUGAAGGAUUGGAGGUGCUACAAAAGGCAAAAACACUCUCCUUACGGCAGAAUCUCAUCAAAAAGAUAGAAAACCUUGACAGUUUGAGCUCACUGCGGGAACUAGAUCUCUAUGACAAUCAGAUCCGCAAACUGGAGAACCUGCACCACCUCACAGAGUUGGAGCAGCUCGACGUGUCUUUUAACGUUCUGAGGAAGGUGGAGGGUUUGGAGCAGUUGACUCAAGUGAAGAAACUUUUUCUGCUUCACAACAAAAUUAGCAACAUUUCCAACCUUGAACACUUCACGGGCCUGGAGAUGCUGGAGCUGGGCUCCAAUCGUAUCCGGGUCAUAGAGAACCUGGAUACACUUUCGUCUUUGCAAAGUUUGUUUCUUGGCACCAAUAAAAUAACCAAGCUCCAAAAUCUGGAUGGUUUACACAACCUGACUGUUUUAAGCAUUCAGAGUAACCGGAUUACUAAAAUCGAGGGUCUGCAGAACCUUGUCAACCUGAGAGAGCUCUAUCUGAGCCACAAUGGCAUUGAGGUCAUUGAGGGCUUGGAAAACAAUAAAAAGCUUACAACCCUGGACAUCGCAGCCAAUCGAGUAAAGAAAAUUGAGAACAUCAGCCAUCUGACAGACCUGCAGGAGUUCUGGAUGAACGAUAAUCAGAUAGAUAACUGGUCGGAUCUUGAUGAGCUGAAGAAUGCCAAGUCUCUGGAGACGGUCUAUCUUGAAAGAAACCCUCUACAGAAGGACCCGCAGUACCGGCGAAAGAUCAUGCUGGCGCUGCCCAGCGUUCGCCAGAUCGACGCCACCUUCAUCCGCUUCUAAACUGCAGUGUACAGUUCGCCCGCCAACUUAGUGUUCGCCCCUCACCACCCUGCCUGCCCUACUUACAAAAACAACUUCAUUUCGAAACACACCGGCCUCACUGAAACGCAUAGUCACUCCACGCACAACUAUACAGUACAUUCCAACAUUGAAUUCACUCGUGGCUCACUCGACAUACAUGUAUGCAUGUAUGCACUCAUUCACACCUCGAUCUAAGCUAUUGUAUGGAAGCCUAUUUAUUAAUUAAGCUGGAUAUGAACUGUGAAAUUGAUUUCCCCUUGAAGUACCCUACCCCCAUUUCUUCAUUUCUCCUCUGCGCUUGUUUUUCCUUUUAUUGUUUUGCAUGUGGGAUACAGUAUGGAGACAUCUUUCCUCCAUCAUGCAGAGCCCAUCGGGAAAAUGAUUAUUUAUCACACUGUUGAAGUUGCGCUGCAAUCACAUGUGAGGAAAGGCUGGCGUUCUGACUUUUUGAGGGACUUUUGUUGUGAGAUUAAAGUGUUGUGACAAGGUACACAGUGGGUAGAAGAACAAUUAAACAUCGACUUUAAAGGGAAAGGCCAUAAUAGAAUUUCAUUUACAUAUAUUAAUCAAAUUUUGUUCCAGCACGCUUCAAAACUGUCCUGAACAAGGUACGAAACACUACAGAAAAUCUCAAAUUUAAGCCGAAUACGCCAAAGUGACACCGUGUGGAUUUAAAUCAGUUCAGUGAUGUGGCACCUCCUUAAAUCUGUCUCUUUAAGGAAAACUGAUGAAUCGUUUUAAUAAAUUGGUAUCAUUAUUGAUGAAGGGCAAAACAAAAUUAUGUCUAUUCCUUGUCCAGGUAUUUUACAGCUCACAGGCCCAUUUUCUGAUAAGUAAGAAUGACCUCUGCAGUAAAAUAAAGCUCAAUGUAAAAUCAUUUAAUGUGUCUGUAAAGACGGUUUUGUAAUCAUCACCCCCGAGCUCUAAGGGGGGCCGACGGUGCCUCACGGGAAUUGGCACACGCGUCAAAACGGGGGAAAAUCACAAAAUCAUUGGGUGAUUGGGGUCCGGCGUGGCUUGCGGGCUCCACAGUGCCUCCUAAUAUACCCCAGUGUUGAGAUAAAAGCGCUUUGAUGUUUGUGAGAUUUGAUGUUUGCCCAACAGGAGUUCAGCUAUCUGGAUUUUGUGCGGUACUUUGGAUUUCUUAACACGUUCAAGGCCUUUAGGGUGCUCAAAAACUCAUGAAACUUUACACCCAUAGUUGAAGUGGUGAAAUGGGCUUCGACAUGGCACUUCAGCUCUAUAGCGCCCCCCCUUAGUACACAUGCAUUUUUGAUGCCCUUGUUUUACGAACUCUCAGGAAAAUUGGCACACACAUCGCAACCUGUUAACAUUGCAAGAAUAUGUAGCGGUUGGGCUUGUGCAUGUUAAAUGGGCUCUGUAGCGCCCCCUAAUGUGUGGCAGGCCAUAGUUGGGAUAAAGUUGUUCUGAUAUUCAGUAACUUUGGCACACACAUUGUUCUUUUCAUUUCGUACAUAUUUCACACUAACAUUAAUUCCCUCUGACCAGAAGUUGGCCACUUUGAAUUUUGUCAAAAAUUUUUCCUGUAAUUUAUGUUAUCUUUUUGAACUCCUAGGACUUAGAGAGUUCAUCUAAUGCAUUUGAAGUUUGAUUGGUAUAACUCUCUGACUGAUGUGACCCUAAAUUGCGAUGGUAAAGUCAAUAUUUUGAAUGAUAUUGUCAUAGGUCAUUUAACAUUUCACACUCCAUUUGAGGCAUUACAUGUAUGGAACUGUUUGAACUCCUAGAGGAUUCAACAGAUUUACUUCAGAUUUAGCUGGCUUAUGCCUGGGACACGGCCUACCAAAACUGUGCAUGUGAAUCGCAGAACCCCUUCCUUUGACAUGAAAAAAAAAAAACAUUUUUAAAUCAAUGCUUCCUGUACCUUUUUCAAGGGUUAUAGAAAUUAAAUUUAUAAUGAAAUGAAACAGUGUAGAGGGGUAGGGCUGGCAGCAGCAACGCUGCACGCGUGUGAGAGCAGUGAGCUAGCUGUCAUGCACAGAUAGAGGCAGUAAGUGUAUCCGCGGCGUUAAACUCAAGACAUAUCGUCAUAUGACGCUAAGUAGCAAAGCUUUUCAAUGUUCGUGGAAUGUCGUUGAGGUGUCGAGGUGGACAAUAUGCAUGUUUCGCAGUGAAACAGGAAGCUCUCCUGGAGGGCCAGGGAUGUUCUGAAACUCAUGAAAUUUGGCAUGUGCAUCAGAAGUGGCUCCAUAGCGCCCCCUAUAAAAUUUCAACAAAGUAGCUCUCACUGCACCUUUGGCCGAGAUGUGUAAAAUUUGGAAGCCGCAUGUAACAUCUCCCGACUUACAAAAAGACCACAUGGCCGUGCCCUGCUCCCAACUGGAGAACGGCCAUUUGGCGCCGUGCUUGUCCUAACACCUCCUAGCUGUUUUAGAUGAUCCGUCUCUGAUUUGGUCACCAAAGAUUUACGCGUUACUGAAUGACAAAGCUUUUGAUGGUACGCCGUUGCUGUAGUGACGGGGACAGUUUGCAUGUUUCACCGUGAAACAGGAAGCUGCUGGAACUUGACUGUGCAUCGUCCAAUACACAGCAAAUUUGACAUGUAUAUGACAUUUUGUGGUCUACGCUUGAUAGACUGCAGCAUCUGUAGAUGGGUUCGAACAGGGUCACCGUGGCAAACAUAUGACGGCAGGAAGUGGGAGUACCUCAGCAAUGUUUCAUUAGAUCAACCUCAAACUCCAUCCGGUUAUUGACGAACCCCUCCUGAUCACACCCAUGUGACAUUCAUGAGUCAUAGUCAUAGCACCACCUGCUGGCAAUAGGAAGUAAGCCACAUGUGACAAAUAUUUGAUUUACAUGAAUUUUACAUUGUGUGGUCUGCACUUCAUAUCCGGCAACAUCACGUAUAAUAAGUGUGUGUUCUCUAGUGCCACACAGUGGACAGAGGAAGUGAUAUUUAAGUACAUCACGCAGUGUCUGGUAGUCAGGAAGUUUCAGAGUCAGAUCAGCUGGCGUACAGCAACAAGACCGCGCCUGUCAGUUUUUAGAAAUAUUCUUUUUUUUAACCUCAAACACAUCAUUGAUUACAGCCUCUGGUUGUCUGUUGAAACUUGGCUUCAUGGCUUUUAUUUGAACUGAUAACAGUACAGUGUAGAUUGUUUUUGAAGUUAAUUUAAUUACUAAUGGCAGGACUGGUCUCACAUUAGUAUUGUUAACUAAUGUAAGAUAAAUUACUUCAUGCUCAGACAAUUUUAUAAACACAUUUGUGGUUUGAUUUUCAGAUGUGUAAAGACACUACAGUGGCACAUUCUGCAAUUUUCUCAUUUGGCCUUCAGUAUUGCAUAAAAGCAGAUAUUCAUGUUGAUCUAAGACGACCACCUUCAACAAAACUAAGGGACCUGCUCUUAUGGUCCCCUGUAUAUAAUGCUUGAGUGCACUUGGUUUACUCCCUGUUUCAAUUAAAAAGUGGUGCAUCUUUUAUAUGAAAAUAAUAUCCCACCUCAGGGCUCAAAGGUCACGUGGACACAGUACAGGCACAUCAGAUUUCAGUGUGUUACUGGGUUCAUGGAGAAUGCUAAGCUAAGUAUUUUCAGUGCAACAUAAGAUUCUGACCGUUGUCCUUUCAUCUGGUUCUAUAGUAGUUGUCAAAGUGGCCUGAGUUAAUAUUGAAUCUCCCUUUGUAACCAAGAAAACAACAGUUAAAUAUACUGGCUUGCAUUGUAGGCGCCUUGUCUUAAAGAUAUGCUCUUUUUCAAAGGAAUUGAAAUUAUGAUUGUCAACCUUUUAAAUCCAAACGUUCAUGGUUAAUGAUCUUGACCAAAACUUCACUGUAGAACAUCUGUGAGCCCAUAUCAGACUAUCAGCAAAACUGAAGGACACUGUGCAUUAUUGAUAUGAAUGUAAUCUUAUUUUAUAUUCUGCUUGAUUACUUUACAAUUGGCCAGUGGGAUUAGAAGUGUCACUUUGUGUAUUUGUAAAUACAGUUUGGACAUAUGAUGUAGAAAGUCAGUGCCAUCACCACCUUCCCUUUGUAAAGUGAAAUCCUUUUUUUUUUCUUUAUGCCAGGCAGUACAACAGAUCUGUGUGAGAUACCGUAAUUAAGAUCUUGACUUGACCUUGGAUGGUCACUGAAUGAGCAAUUUCGCAAAUUGCUAGUAGCUUGUUGUUGUUAGAACUGACUCUUCAGGUUUUGGACUUGGUUGAAGUUGUUUUCGAACUGAAUGUAUUAUGCAAAUAACAAUA